AUGGGCUCAGUACCAACAGCAUCGAUUUCUGGGGGUUCCCAUACUUUUCCAGCGCCGAAGCCUGGGAUUUAUGUCCCUGCUGUAACUUUCUUCGACCCCGAAACUGACACUCUCCGACCAACGGAACAAGCAAAAUACUAUUCUUAUCUGGCAAGUACUGGUCUAACAGGUCUCGUCAUCCUGGGCACCAAUGCAGAGACCUUUCUGUUGACUCGAGAGGAAAGAGCGACCCUCUUGAAACUGGCACGUCAAUCUGUGCCAGACAAUUACCCCAUCAUUGCCGGUGUUGGUGGUCACUCUACAGCCCAGGUGAUCGAGUUCAUAGGGGACGCCCAUGCGGCUGGAGCAGACUACGUCCUCGUUCUCCCAGCGGCGUACUUUGGGAAACAGACGACACCCGCUGUGGUCAAUAACUUUUACACUGCGGUUGCAAAAGCCUCUCCACUACCAAUUCUAAUCUACAACUUUCCAGCAGUGUGCAAUGGUUUGGAUCUUGACUCCGACACCAUCGCUGCACUCGCCCAAGCGAAUUCUAAUAUCGUGGGAGUGAAGCUCACCUGUGGUUCCGUUGGUAAGAUUACUCGAUUGUCCGCAACAUUCGAACCCGAGAGGUUUGCCAUAUUCGGUGGCCAAUCCGAUUUCUUGAUUGGGGGAUUAGCAGCAGGAAGUGCAGGUUGCAUAGCUGCGUUCGGUAACAUCUUCCCCAAGACUCUGGUCAAGAUCUAUGAACUCUGGAAGGCAGGCAAGCAUGAUCAAGCAUUAGCACUGCACAGAUUGGCGGCACACGCUGAAAGCCCUACUAAAGCGGGGAUCGCCACGACGAAAUAUGCUGCAAGCCAGUUCAGCGCGAAAGCAGCCGGUAUUCCAGGAGAUCUGGAGGCCUUACUAAGGCCCCGGCAGCCAUAUGAAGAGCCGGCAGCCGCAGUGAAGAAAAAGAUCGUCGAGGUCAUGACACCACUAGCAGAGGUUGAGGUUACCUUGUAG